AUCGACAUGAUUAGGUAGCGCAGUGCAGCGCAGGGAAGGGAAGGAAAGGCAAAGAAAGGCUAUCGCGGUUCAAAUUCACGUUUCCCCCGGAAAUGUAUCUUUGCCGUCUGGGGAUUGGCACCGAUCGCGGCCGCGUCGUGCAUCAGCGCAGCAGCAGCACGAAGGAGCCUCGUGUGGCGACGCGGGAGGUUUUGGAUGAGAUCACAGGAAGAAGCUGGAGGACGGGCCCGCGGGUUUAGGACGAGGCUGGUCGGGUGCGAUGGUGCAGAAAUUGGUGGCGAGGUGGUCGAGGAGGCCGAGACUUUGAGGCAGGAGUGGGAGCGAUCUGCGGUCGGCAGGUCGAGGUGGGCGAGUGGACUAUGGAUUUCAGUGCGUCUCCUUACCUCGUCGGGGAUCGGUAAAGUGCAUGGUGGACACAGGAACCAGGGUAGUGCAGGAGUGUAGGAUCAGAGUUGAUUUUCAGCGGUGGGGCGAGGAGACAGUCUUGAAGCGAAAUGGCCGGGGGCCAGAGUUUACUGGCUGCUUGUGGAGGAGAAACUGUUAAGCUCUUCGAUCCCGCUGUGGAGACCGGUGAUCCCUGUGUGUUUCAGUACACACCAUCGCCUGGGUAUCAAGUCAAUUGUGCAAAAUGGAACCACACAAACUUGGUGGUUGCAAGUGCCGGCGAAGACCGGAAGAUAUCAAUGUGGAUGAAAAAUGGGCAGAUUGUGGGGGUAGUUCCGCAGCCAGGUGCCGAAGCUGACGAUGCUAUCGACGAAUCAAUACUCGCAAUAUGCUUCAGUAGUAAAGGGUCUAGAUACCUGGCUUCUGGAGGGACGGGGAAAAUUGUCCGAGUCUGGGAUAUGCAACGGAGAAGAUGCAUCAAGUGGCUCAAAGGCCACACUGAUUCAAUCACUGGAAUAAUGUAUAAUUGUAGAGAUGAACAUCUGGCUUCUGUAAGCAUCAGGGGAGAUCUCAUAAUUCACAACCUUGCGUCUGGAACUCGGGCCGCGGAGCUGAAAGAUCCUCACGAACAGGUUCUGAGAGUGUUGGAGUAUUCUCGGUUGAGCAGGCAUCUUCUUGUGACAGCGGGAGAUGAUGGAUCUGUGCACAUAUGGGAUACAACUAGCCGCAGUCCCAAGAUCUCAUGGCUGAAGCAACAUACUGCACCUACCACAGGCGUGUGCUUUUCUCCAUGCAACGAUAAGAUGAUGGUCAGUGUUGGUCUUGACAAAAAGCUAUACACUUAUGACCUGGGAAUUCGGAAGCCUGUACACUGUGUUCCAUUCGAUGCACCCUUCUCGUCGGUGGCAUUCAAGGAUGACGGAACAACAGUGGCAGCGGGAACGAAUAGUGGACGCGUUGUGUUUUAUGACGUCCGAGGGAAGCCUCAACCUUUCACUGUACUCCGAGCUUACAGUUCGUCAGAGGCUAUCGGAAGUUUGAACUGGCAGCGAUCUAAUCCGAUAGUUGUCAUUGAGGCAACAUGCACAAAAGAAGCUGCUCUGCUUGGCAAUGCUGGGACCGGAGAAGAGUCGGUAAUAAUGCCAGAUCCUCUUCCUGCCUCUGGGCUCGGUACCCGUGGUCGUCCAGCAACGAUAUCUAUGCCCGCGAAGUCUGCGUCAGGGCGUUUCACUUUUACAGGACAAGAGCCUGGUUCGGGCUCAAGCUCAAGCUCUACUAGUGCAUCCGCCAGUGGGCCUAUGACAAGGUCAGAGAGCUCGAGUUAUUCAACCGCUCAUUUAUGGACCAAUGGUUCCAUGUCGCGAUUACACACCCAUACACCUCAUCGAUUCACUUACAAUACUAAAGAUGACAUGGAAGUGUUCUCACCGUUGGUGGAUGUACAACCCAUCACACCGUCGCUUUCAAGCUUUUAUGACGGGAACGAUGACUACAAGGAGGGUGGUUCCUCGGAUGGUCCUCGUAAAGUAGCAUGGAGCCAGUCAGGGAUUCGGAAGUUUCCUAGUAUAGAAGAAAAAGAAUUGUCUCGUCUAAGUUUCGACCGACGUUCUUCCUUAAAUCAGGACGACAUUCAAUCCAAAAGUGUGCCAUCCUUGCUAUCACCUUCAUCAUCAAGUACUCCUGUUGGAGUACCGAAGACAUCAGAUAGGUCCCCCUCUGUCACCCCACCGGAGCUUUGGGGUGGAGACGGGGGUGCCGGUGAGCGAUUUCGGCAGCCGUCGAUCUCAAGAUUUGCCAGUGCCGCAUCGCUUGCAACUUCUUUGAAUCUUUCUUCUGGACUCAUGACAUCGUCUCGACUUGAUACCUUCUAUGGUACUCCUCCCCCCAUAGAAGUAUUGUCGCCAGAGGCGCAAUAUUCCCCGAACCUGCCUUCACAAAAUUUUUUCUCGUCUGUAGAUUCACUUCCGAGACUAACAUCAUCCUCAGAUUCAAUACUUCAACCCAGCAUAAAUGGCACAUCAAUUCCAUCCCCUAAUCCGGUUGGUUCUCAGGUGCCUGCCUCCCUAAGCAUAGAGACCCCAUUACUGGAAGCGACGUCUUCAGCAUCACCGAGGAGAAGCAUCAUACAUGGAACUUUGAACCCUCACAUGAGUUUUACUAGAGGUAGUUUGUCUCCAAAACAGAAGAAGCCUAUUGCAGAGAGGAGCGAAGAAAGGGUAGGUACACAUACCUUAGAUGGAAAACGUGAAUAUGAAAAUGGCUUUAGCACGAGAAUGGAUGCCUCAACGCAUUCGGGAGCCGCUUUGACAAAUGCCGUUUCGCAGUCCACUACCCAACGUAAUUUAGUACAACUAGAUAGUCAACAGGGAUCUACGUCCUUCGCUCUUCAGUUGGUGCAGAGAGGGCUCGAGGAGAGCUUGGGUUCUGUUCAAAGAGCUAUACACGAGGAUGUAAUGAAUCUCCACUUAGAACUGCUGCGACAAUUCCACAUUCAACAGACCCAGAUGUCGGGAAUGAUGGAAGCAUUCCUAGCGAAGCAGAACGUUCUUGUGGAGGAAAUUGAAGCUUUACGCCGAGAAAAUCAACAGUUGAGAGAUAUGUAUUAGGUGUUUUGAACUAUUUCAUUCGUAACAUCAGAUUGCAGAUGGGGUCUUUUGACUUCACCUUGAUCUUAAUGCCGGCGUGUCCCAUUGUAAUGCGGAUCACACGAAGAAUUUGUACCAUAGGGUUGUAGAAAUCAACACAAAAUUUAUUCAACUUGAGCUGGUGGAUGGUGUGUGGUGAAUCUUCUGCUUAUCAGCUGGAUUAGCACCCCAGGCAUGCUUUCGCGAGGAAACAAUCUAAAGUAGUAUCCUUACUCAUGUCUGUUUCGUUGAGUAGAGGUCCGGUGUCCGCAAUGAGUGCUCCGUUCGUGUUUAUGGAGCAAGGGUCACAUUGUAUCAUGUUUCUAUUCAAGAGCAGCGCGAUUCUGCAGGC